AUGGAGAAGAAGGACAUCAUAAGCACAAUGCCAAAUGAAAUCAUUUCGAACAUUUUAUCUCGUUUAACAAUCAAAGAAGCUGGUAGGACUAGCAUCCUAUCAACAAGGUGGAGAUAUCAAUGGACCUAUUUCUUUGGGGUAGUGAACUUUGAUCAUUCACUUAAGAAUUAUAACUUGCGUCGACAAAACAAGCUUAACCCUUUAAGAAAAUCCAUUGUUUUUGUCUCUGAGUGGAAGAAAUUCAUGAGUGAUUUGGAACAUGUUUUGAAAUCACUGAAAUGUCCAACUAUGCAAGGACUGAGAAUUUGCAUGGAAUUGGGUAACCCUCAAAAGGUAGCUCAAUGGGUUAAGUUUGCUGCUGAGAAGAAUGUUCAAGUGCUUGAGCUGAAUUUCUUUUACAACUUCACAACAACGUUCUUCGAAAUAAGCGAGAAGAUUCGCAAUGUGAUAUCAUCAACAAGUUUUGAAAUGAAGUCACUGUGUGUGCUUCGUUUGUCUGCUGUGGACGUGACUGGUGAGGUUAUUGAGCAUUUUCUAGCAACUUGUCCAUCUCUUGAAACAUUGUGUGUCAUUGAAUCCAAAAGUUUCAUUUUACGCUUGAAAGUUUCUGGUCAAGCUUUGAAGCUGAAACAUUUGGAGUUGGUUGAAGUCAAGAUUAUACAUCUAGACAUUUCUGCUGAGAAUCUCAUGACAUUUAGAUACUCUGGAGGUUUUGGAAGGUUCAACUUUGAAAGUGUCCCAAACCUUGUGGAAGCUUCCUUUGGAGGACGGUAUUCUAGUUACCUGCAACCAAACAUGAACAAUGUUGAUCUUUUUGGGUUAAUCUCUCAGCUAAAUGUUCUGAAAUUGGACCUGUUUCCCCAUGAUAAGGGAAUUCUUGAAGGCCUACCUGAGUUCACUAAUGUGAAGCAUUUGGAGCUGCAAAUUCCUCAUACAUGUGGAGGGAAGAUGGAUCGUGCUCUUUCUUUACUGAGUGCAUUUCCUUCAAUAUGUGUGCUUAAGGUGAAGUUCCUUAGGUGCAAUAUGAAGCCUGAGGAGGAGGAGGAGUGGGAAGCUAAUCUAAAAGGUGAGUUCCCAAACCUGAAAGAGUUGGGAGUAUCAGGAUAUAGAAGAGACACAAGUCAAAUUGAGUUGCUGAUUAGCAUAGUUGAGAAUGCUCCUAAUCUCAACAAGAUUGUUGUGGAUCCUCUCUCUUCAUAUUAUGUGGAUAUUUCACCCGAUGAUGUUCGGGCCUGGAUUAGAAAACGGCGUCAUGGCUCUGCUAAAUGGUAUGCGGAUGGUCUGAAACAAUAUGUGCCUCCUCAAAUUGAAGUGAUUGUUCUCUAA